UUACUGGGCUGGGGCGUGACCCGUGACACGUCCUGGAUCCUACUCUGGUCCACCAAGGUUCAGAUUUUAAGUUGCAAGCAAAACUCUCACCGUCAAAGCUACAGACGCCGAUACUCGUUACUGGUUCUGCAGAAAGAACCCGGAGAACAAUUUUGUCGUCUUACUCCAUAACACGAUACCAGAUUAUGGGCUUUGGCUAGAGGAGUAGAGCUUCAAAAUUUCUGGAGAAAAAUUUGGUAUGGCGGCCGAAGCGAAACUCGUGUGCAGCUGUGGUGGGGACUCGGCAGCUGGCUUUUCCUUCCGGCGGUCGUUGAGUCCGCUACUAGCCAGCAGCCGCGUGUUUUUCCCGAAUGUGACUAGUGAUCAGAGGAGACGUCAGUUGACGGCGUUAGCAGUUGUGAAGAGAAGCCCCAAAAGGAUUAAGUACUCUGCGCCUCGCUUCACCAAGGAGGAUGGCUUGACCUAUGUUGCCGUCGAUCCAUCCGGGUCAGACUUGUGGAAAUUGGAUCCAGUGAUUGACCUUCUGAAACAGGGUGCUGUUGGAGUCAUUCCAACUGACACUGUUUAUGCAUUGGCUUGUGACCUGAGAAGCCACUCAGCUGUUGAACGUCUUCGUAGACUAAAGAAAAUAGAGGCUUCAAAGCCCCUUAGUAUUCUAUGCCGUUCCUUUCACGACAUAGAUACAUAUACAACUGGAUUUCCCCGUGGCAAUAACCAGGGCCUUACAGACAUCUUUCGAGCUGUUAAGCAAUGUUUACCCGGUCCCUACACUUUUAUUUUAACUGCGAGCAAAGCUCUACCGAGGCAAUGUACAAGAUAUGGAACUACUGCAUCAAAGUAUGUAUCAAGGAAAAAUGUAGGCGUUCGUAUACCAGAUGAUACCGUGUGCCAAGCAAUUCUGGAGAAGAUGGAUGCUCCUUUAAUAGCUACAAGUGUAAAAUCAAUGAGAGAGAGUGAGUGGAUAUUGGAUCCUGUUGUGAUAGCUGAUGUUUAUGGGCCAGAGGGCCUUGAUUUCAUUGUUGAUGCUGGUAUUAGAGUGGCUGACCCAUCGACAGUGGUUGAUAUGACUGGGAGUUCUGCCCUGAUUUUGCGGCAAGGAAAGGGUCCAAAACAGCCAUGGAUGGUUUCAGAUGAUGAAGAUUCUGGAGUAAAAAGGAAAGAACUCACCCUUAAUUUUGUUUAAAGUCACUAAGACCUCAUCAAGGGAAAUCCUGUACAUAAUACAAUGAUGUUGGGCUGCUAAUGAAAAGGUUGUAAAUUGCAUCUAAAUGGAUUUUGUUAGCAGUGGUGGCAAUGGGUAUUUGCCCUUUUUUUGGGUCAUACGUCAACAAUUUAUACCUACACAUACACCUACUCCGACGACGUUAUGGGAAAGGGGAUAGCUGCAACUGGAUUAUUGGGAAUUGGAGGAGACUAAACUACCUUCUGCUCUGUUGGUGACUUGUUUUGUAGCUGUUGCCUGUUGCCAUGGAAUGGCACAACGAGGAGAGGGUACCAGAUUUUCUUGUGUGAUUCCAGUUUCUGGUAGAAGAGAUCACAAUAAUGUAGGAUCCAGCAACUAUUAGUAAUGGCGCCAAAAUCAUCCCAAAUAUUGCAUUCAGAAUAGUCAAUUGGAUUAGCGCUUCUGCUCUGUACUACUAAGAAUAAUCAAAUAAAUUAUAUCACC